AUGCUCGCUCCACGAGACGACUUCGUCCACGACCACUACUACUCCGACUCCUUCUGGUGGUCCCCCGCCGGCUACGUCGCCAAAUGGGUCAUCGUCGGCACCAUCUUCUUCUUCCUCCUCACCUGGAUCGUCGGCGGCUACCUCCACGCCCGCCACCGCGUCCGCAAAGGCCUGCCUCCCCUCCGCUACCACCGCUGGCUGCUCUCCCGCUCGCAGCGCGCGCGCUUCGAUCCGGGCCCGGGCGCGUAUUAUCAUGCGCAACCGUAUGGGUGGAGCUAUCGGAUGGAUGGGCGGCAUGUGGAGCCGCCGCCGGUGUAUUCGAAUGAUCUGCCGCCGACAUAUCAACCGCCCGCAGGGGCGUCGAAGAUAAACCCGAAUCAAAAUAUUCCACAAAGAACAACGAUGUCGCCGCCGCCGCCGCCCGCGCCGACGAAUAACGGGGGUCCAUCGCAGGGGAGCAAUGCCGCCGCGCCGUGA